CUCUCGGGGUGAUCCAGCCAGGCUGAGUUUAGACAGUCCAGCGGUGAUGUAGCUUUCGGCUUUGAGUUCCCUUCCGCUGGAGCGGUAUCGGGUAGCGGUGCGGGACCAUUUACCAGGGACCCUCUGUCCCCGACCCUGGAAAUGCCAUGAGGUCAGUUAGCUAUGUGCAGCGCGCGGCGAUGGAGUUCAGUGGGAGCCUCUUCCCACACGCAAUCUGCCUCGGGGACGUGGAUAACGACACGUUAAAUGAACUGGUUGUGGGAGACACCAGCGGAAAGCUGUCUGUGUAUAAGAAUGAUGACAGCCGGCCGUGGCUCACCUGCACCUGCCAGGGGAUGUUGACUUGCGUUGGGGUUGGAGAUGUGUGUAAUAAAGGAAAGAACCUGGUGGUAGCAGUGAGCGCUGAAGGCUGGUUUCAUUUGUUUGACCUGACACCUGCCAAGGUCCUGGAUGCCUCUGGGCACCACGAGACACUAGUGGGAGAGGAGCAGCGUCUGGUCUUCAAGCAGCACAUCCCAGCCAACACCAAGGUCAUGCUGAUCAGCGACAUCGAUGGAGAUGGCUGCUGUGAACUGGUGGUAGGACACACAGACCGUGUGGUGCGUGCCUUCCGCUGGGAAGAGCUGUCCGAGGGUCCCGGGCACCUGACAGGACAGCUGGUGUCCCUCAAGAAAUGGAUGCUGGAGGGCCAGGUGGACAGUCUCUCGGUGACCCGAGGGCCGCUGGGUGUUCCUGAACUGAUGGUAUCUCAGCCAGGCUGUGCUUAUGCAGUUCUUCUGUGCACCUGGAACAGGGCCGCGGGAUCCUCCCCUGCCUCCGAGGAGGCUGUGGAGGGCAGUAGAGAGACCACAGCUGCCCAAGAUGUAGUGCUGCACCAGACGUCUGGCCGUAUCCACAACAAGAACGUCUCUACUCACCUGAUAGGCAACAUUAAACAAGGACACAACCCUGAGAGUGGUAGCUCUGGCCUCUUUGCCCUCUGCACCCUGGAUGGAACGCUGAAGCUCAUGGAGGAAGCAGACAAGCUGCUGUGGUCCGUGCAGGUGGAUCACCAGCUCUUCGCCCUGGAGAAGUUGGAUGUCACAGGUAAUGGACACGAGGAGGUGGUCGCAUGUGCCUGGGACGGACAGACGUAUAUUAUCGAUCACAACCGUACUGUGGUCCGCUUCCAAGUGGAUGAAAAUAUCCGCGCCUUCUGUGCAGGCCUGUACGCCUGCAAAGAGGGCCGCAACAGCCCCUGCCUCGUGUACGUCACCUUCAACCAGAAGAUCUACGUGUACUGGGAGGUGCAGCUAGAGCGGAUGGAGUCCAGCAAUCUGCUGAAGCUGCUGGAGGCUGAGCCCGAGUACCGCGGCCUGCUACAGGAGCUGGGUGUGGAUCCUGAUGACCUCCGUGCAGCUCGCACCCUGCUCCACCAGAUCCUCUACCAUCCCGAUCAGCCACCACAGUGCCCCUCCUCCAGCCCCCAGGACCCCACCUAGCUGGGCUUGGUCUCUUGACUACCCAAGGAUCCUCUGAACGCUCAGCCCCACCCCAAAGGUGUCCACAGUGUUGGCAGGAGAGGGAAUGUCCUUAUGGAGGAGCAGAAGUGGAUACUUGGCAUGGGAAGGUGCAGGGACUCUAGGCUGACCGGGAACUAGAAGUCUCUUGAUAUUUUUAUAAGCGGUAUGUAUAUGAAAUACAUAGUAGCUACAUCCAUUUUGGAGAGGCGGUACAUGUA